AUGGUGAUAGAUAUUGAAGGAAAGGAACUGAAAGUAACAGCAGAGUCUGUUCAUGACAUGUUGGGCAUACCAAUGGUGUGGAACCAUACUUACACAAUGGAUCAAUGGCCUAAGGAUGAUACAAGUUAUGGUGAAUGGAAGCAACAAUUUAAAAAAGAUUCAAUCAUCCGACUGAGUGCAAUAAAAAAUGUUAUUGUUUCUACCACACAAUUGUUCUAUGCUGAUAACAUCCGCUCAGAAGCUUUAACGGUAACACGUAAACGUCCAACAAUUUGUUAUUGGAGUUUCGAGAAGAUUAGAUAUCGAGAGACAUUUGAACAAGAAAAAGGUAGAUUUGGACUUGGAGAAUUAAAUGAAGAAUUUGUUAAUGAACAAGAUGAAGGAGAGACAAAUCUCGAAGACAGUGAUUCUGAUAAAGAUGAAGCUCAUUCUGUUGAGUUUGAGAGGAUGAAGGAAAAGCUGAAUUCAAAGCUCAAUGAUGAUAACAAAGUUCCUUGA